AUGCGGAAGGUCUUGAGAAGGCGGAUGGUCAUGAUGACUGGCCGGAGGUCCGGCGAAUAUGCAACUUGCACAGAAGUGGUGGACAUCUACAUUGGAGGUAAAAACGAUCGCUCGGGUUCAACAUUUGCUUUUGUUAGGUUUGAAAACAUCCGAGAUGCAAAAGUUUUGGAGCAUGAAAUGAGUAGAGUCAGAUGUGGACACUACAUUCUCAGAGUCAACAUCGCAAGAUAUCAAAAACGCCAAGGUCCCAAAGGAUUCAAAAUCAACACCAAUCAUGUAGUGCCUCCUGAAAAAUCAUACCAGGUAGCAUGGAAAGCAACUAAUGCAACUAGAGAUUCAAGAACGUUCGCGGAGGUGAUUAAAGGUACGACUUCUAGACCAUUAGCAUCAGGGACGAAUCCCAUUGCUAUCAAUCCUGCAACAUUCUCUGUUGGAAUGGAAGAUUGUGUGAUGGUUGGUGAGAUAAUUAGUAUCCAACAAAUUACAGAUUUACCCACCGUACUUCCUUUCGACGGAAACCCCCGCUGGUAUGGCUUGCCGGUUAGAUUUAGAUCCAAUGAAAACUUUUCACGUAUUGCAAAUGCUUUUGGGACCACUCUUGAGAUUAUUGGUGUGGACUGGAAGGCUUUUGAUAUUUCUACUGGUGAGGUUUGCAUCAUUACCAAACAUAACACAAUUAUAAACAAUGUGGUCAACGUCUCUUUUAGAAACAAAGUAUAUCCUAUUGGUAUUGUAGAAUAUGAUAGAGAUUGGAUGCCUUUUGAUAGAUCGAUACAGAAGGACCCUAUUCCCCAAGUCAAUGAUGAUAUUGAUGAUGAAGCAGAAGAUGACAUGGAGGUGAACGAUUCUAAAGGAGAUAAAGGUGACAAACAAGAUUUCGAGGAAGAUGAAAACCAAGAUUCUGAGGAAGAUGCGAUCUCUGAUACAUGGAUGGGUCCGGUCCAACAAGAUGAUGUCCUUGAAGAUGGGGAAAUCAUUGAAGAAUCUGGCGAGUAUGUCGCUCCGGAGACGGUGGCAUUAAUAUCUGAAGACCUUGAAAAUCCACAGGUUGGAUUAAGUGUUGAAGAUCCCCUUGCAGUCAUUAAUACAUCAGUUCCUCCAUUCGAUCUCAACACAUCCACUGCUGAGUCUAAUUCUAAGGAAGAUCAUUCAGUUGAUGACAUAGGUUCCUCAUCUUGUGAACUCACUAAAAUUGUCAAGGUUGGUUGUGAUGUUGGGUUUCAAUUCUCAAAAGACGACCUAAUUGUCACUAGAAUUGCAAACCUAGGCGAUGACGUUAAAAUGAAGACCUAA